UUAAUAUAAUUUUAAAGUAUAUGUCAAGACAAAAUUUAAAAAAAAUUAUAUACAAUAUAUCUCUUCAACACAAGCACAUUUCCACAUGUUUUACUAAUUUAAAGACCCUACAAGUACAGAAAAUUACUCAUUUGUCUGCCAGAAAUGCACUCACCUCCAGGGGCGGACUGACCAUUUGGAAACUCGGGCACUGUCCGAGGGCCCGGGAUGCCCCUGGUACCUUUUUCAUAGGCUUUUUUGAGUUUGGGCAAAAACACAGGGGCCCCAAGAUCCCCUAUUGCUCAAGGAGCCCCAUG